CAGUGCCCGGAGUUUCCUGUGCCAUUUGUGAUUUGCUAUGACAAGGACAGACACAGCGACAGACCUCUCCAGCCACCAUCCUGCGUGGACAUGGUGUUUCGGGGCCACGAAGGGAAGGAGACCCUGAAGGAGAGAGGGCUGGAGGGUGGUACAGAGCAGUCCCUUCGGUGAGACAAGUGGAAAGAGUUGCACUGAGGAGGCCCUUUGGAGGGGCCAUGUGGUCCCCAGUGCCUCUCCCACCUCCUCCUCCUCCUCCUCCUCAGGCAGGAGGAGGCAGAGUUGCUGCUGCUGCCAAUGCGCCAGGAUAGAGAGAUCUCGGCGCGGGAGGAGAUGACGCAAAAGGCAGAGCUCCCCCCAAAAAAGUGUUUCUCCAGGACGAAGAUGGCGGCAACUUAGCCCAGGGGCCCAAGAUGCCUGUGCCCAUCGGGGCCCCCCAGCCAGGCAGUUCCGCCCCGUGCGCCCGGGGACACCGCGCCCGGCGGCAGCAGCGGCGGCAGCCGCAGCCCAUUGUCACCAGCAGCGGCGGCGGCCCCGGCAGCCUCCUCCUCCUCUUCCUCUUCCUCCUCCUCCUCUUCAGCAUCCUCGGCAGCGCUCCGGGAGCCCUGCAGCAGCGUCUCUCCAGUUAGAGCGGAGGGGGGAGAGGAGAAAGAGGAGACGGACACAGCGGUGCAGGCAUCUGUGCCGCGGCUCGGGGCUGAGGAAGAGGAGCAGCGGCGGCGGCAGGGAGGAAGAGGAGACGAGGAGCCCUCCCGGAGCCGUCCGUCGGCAGCGGGGGACGCGGCAUGCAGCUGUCCGGGGGCAGCGGGCUUUUCUCAGGAGGGAGAUGGGGAGCUGCGAUCUGACCAUGCCUGGGUGAGAGGGGGAAAGGACCAGCCGCGCAGCCCCGCCACCACCAACUAUCACCACUACCACCACCAUCUCCUCUCCCUCCUCCUCUCUCUGCGUUAUUGCUCUUAUCUUCUCCACGGCACUCCGCGUUGGAUAGACUGGGGCUGCUUCGUGUGGUGAGACCAAGGCAGAGCCACCGGCGAAACCCAACAAUAUCUCAGAGGAAGAAAAAGAAGAAAGAAAGAAGAGGGAGAAAGAGAGAGAGGGGGAGAGUGGAAGAGGGAGCGAGCGAGCGAGCGAGAGAAGGGAAGGCAGGCAAGAAAAUCCCCCCAAUCUUUUAAGUCAAUGCAUAUUGUGGUGACACUGGCAAAGGAGCCCUCACGGUGGAGUCGGCCAGGGCAGUGCGUUCCCAAAAUAUGACCAGGGGUGCUUGGAUGUGCAGUCGGCAGUAUGAUGACGGCUUAAAAAUCUGGUUCGCACCCCGGGAGAACGAGAAACCCUUCACGGAUUCAGAGAGGGCUCAGAAAUGGCGACUGUCCCUGGCAUCGCUCUUGUUUUUCACAGUCCUGCUCUCUGAUCACUUGUGGUUCUGCGCCGAGGCCAAAUUCACGGGGACCGGAGAGAAGGAGCAGCCGCCGCCCGAGAAGCCGGAGCCCGCGGAGCCGGAGCUGCUGGCGGGCAUGGGGGAGCCGGCGCCCCCCGCGCCCCGGCUCCUCGCCCCCCCCUCGCCCUCCCUCCCGCCCUCCCCCGGCAGCAGCGGCGGCGGCAGCCGCGGCAGCCGCACCAACGGCACCGAGCCCCGGCACGGCAAGGCUGCUUUCCUGGGGAACUCCACCGCCAGGCCCCUGGAGACGUGCCCCCCCCCGAGCUCCUCGUCCGGGCAGUGCUUCAGCGUGGGGGACGCGGAGGCGGUGUGCCGGCGGCGGGGGGGGCCGGGGCGGCCGCGGGGCGCGGGGCAGAGCCCGGCGCCCGGCUGGGACCUGACGGAUUUUUACCUUUCCUUUUGUAAUUCCUACACACUUUGGGAGUUGUUCGCCGGGUUGUCCAAUCCGGACACUUUGAACUGCAGUCUGGAUGUGGUGCUGAGGGGGGGAGGCUCCUGCAGCCAGUGCGUCCAGGCUUACCAGCGCUACGACCAGCACGCUCAGGAGAAAUACGAAGAGUUUGAGGUUAUGCUCCAGAAAUAUUUACAGUCGGAUGAGUACUCGGUGAAAUCGUGUCCUGAGGAUUGUAAGACUGUCUACAAAGCCUGGCUCUGUUCCCAGUAUUUUGAAGUCACACAGUUUCACUGCAGCAACAGAAUUCCUUGCAAGCAAUACUGUUUGGAGGUUCAGACGAGGUGUCCCUUUAUAUUACCAGACAACGAUGAUGUCAUCUAUGGAGGACUAUCAAGUUUCAUCUGUACAGGGCUCUAUGAAAACUAUCCAACCAAUGCAGAACCAGAAUGCUGUGAUGUCAGAUGGGGACUAUUAUCAGAUCAUCAAUCCAAAGGGACUAUAAAAACAAGUGGCUCAACAAUGUGUCACAGGACAUCGCUCACAGUUUCAUCAGCAUCAAGACUGUGUAACAGCAGACUUAAACUGUGUGUUCUUGUAUUAAUUCUCUUACAUACAGUACUUACAGUCUCAGCAGCACAGAACUCAACAGGACUGGGCUUUGGAGGCAUAACAACUUUGGAAGAUAAUUCAACCAAUGAGGAAUAAAAGAAAGGAUUCAUCCUAUAUGAUAGAAACACAACAGGCCCAAAUGACUACAGUCAAAUAUAGCAAGGACUGAGUGCUCUACCCUCAGAUCUCUUCUUGAAUGACCUUUUGGGUAAAAUGAAAAGAAUGGGCCACUACCCAAACAACAAAGACACAUGAACACAGCUUUUUAUUGACUAAAAGGCUGUAUGGUGACUUAAAUUUCUCACACCAUUUUAUACACUGUGUUUUAAUGUUUGGAGUUUCUUUUUGUUUGUUUUUUGCACUUGUUAAUACAGGAUUUUAUUUUUGGGACGGUUUCUCAAAGCUAAAUUAAGUCUUUUCUCUGUCGAUAUAUUUCUAGUCAUUGUGUGUGUUCAUCUGAUAGUUCUGUCUUUUAUGUCCUGUCAGUUUCUAUUAGAGGAAUGACUGCUAUGAUUCCAUGACAUAGCAAAAAAAAAAAACAAAAAAAACACAAAAAAAAAACCAAAAAAACACCAAAAAACCACAAAAAGAACAACAAAACAAAAUUUAACAAAAAAAGGCAAAAAAAGGCAAAAAAAAAGCAACCAUAAGAAAACCCAAACAAACCUAACUGUCCUCUUACCCAUGGGAACCAUUCAUCUCCUUUCUCCUCCCAUCUCCCUUGGCAGACAACGUACAUUUGCUUCUGUCUGUGUAAUCACAAUGAAUGGGUACACAGUUCCAGUGUGCCUCUGCCACUGUUGCACAAACCAGUUGACUGAGCAAACCCAAAAGGAGCAUGAAGGGGGUUCCUUUUAGCUGAACAAACAAGUGCUCUCCUUACAAGGUGGGAUCGGACAGUUAAAAAAUGUAAAGAAAUAUAUAACAAACUGUUGUUCCAAUACCCAUUUUGAAGAAGUCCAGUCCUUUCUCACUGGUCAGUUGAACAGGAGCAGCCUUUUUUAGAUAUGCUAUGUAAAACCAGUUAUGCUCAGCAAGUUGAGUAGUUGGGAAACCUUCAUAUUGGAGGUGAAGGAUUGGCAUUCAUUGUGAAUUACUUUUUGAGUUCUCCUGCUGUCACAUAACCAGCAGCUUUCCAUAAGGAAUGGGAGCAAAGAGCUUCCAAAAUCCAAGUCUUUUUGUCUCAACAAAAUUACACUAGAAGCCUUUCAGCAUCUAUAAUACGAAGUAUUUCUUUGGUUUUGAUUCCAUUGUUUUUCUAAUAUCUACGUGUUGUUGAAAGUUACUCUAGUUAUUAAGGGUGCACAAGAAUGUGUUAGCACAGAUAAAGAAACUAUUUUGUUUUAAAUAUAUAGGACAACCGUUUUCAUAAAUGUGCAAUAAAAACAGUAAAGAUAUACUAGGAUAUGAGUAGUCAAGAGAAAAGAUUGUAAUCUGAUUGCUGAUUUUUCAUUGUUUGGGUGGUUUUUGAUUUGUUUACUUUUAUUUUUGUGGGAAAAUUUCACCUGCUGAGUGUAUGAGAAUUUGCUUUUUAAAAAGGCUUUUUAGAGUUUACAGUAGAAUCAAUGGAAGGAAAAGUUAAUAAGGGCUGUUUUUAAAAACUUUACAUUCCUUCCUAUUCUCUAACUACACUUGGAAAGUGCACUUUAGAGAUGUUUGCUGUGUAGCUGGGAGAUGAAGGAAAACUAUAGGAAAUGUUCUCUUAGGAAAUAAAGUAUAGUUACCUACUUUCUAGCUAUGAAAUACCCCUUGAUAAAUAUUAAUGUUGUAAGAACAUUUAAUCACUGGUGCAUAAUGCAUUUUUGUAUACAAUUUAUGGUCUGUUAAAUUCUGGAAAAAAACAAAAGACAACCAUACUGCUUAAGCAUUUCAAGAUGUGCUGUGAAAGCUCAAAUAUUUUGCAAGAGUAUUUGUUUUGAUAGUGUUUUACAACAACCCAGACUGAGGAGCCUAAAAUGGUCUGUGCAAAUAUGACAACAAAAAGCACCAGCUAAUGCAAAAUUCUUCAGCACUGGUUUGUUUCUAUAAUUCCUCCCUUCCCUUCCUUGCACAUGCUAUAUUUUGUUCAAUAAAACAUGGUGCUUUUUAGUUAUUUUAUUUUCCGUUAGAGGCACAUGUAUUAAUUAUAUUGAAUUGAUGCAAAAAGUGGGGGAAAAUGUAGAAAUGCAAAUGAAAAAGCCUUAACUAAUGGUAGAAUGUAGACUUUUGAAAGGACAGAGAUGUUACUGAAAAGUGAUGGAGCAAUAACUGGGCAGUGCUCUGGUACUGUACAACAGCUGAUGAGUCACGCUACUGAGAAAGCUCUUACUAGGUGAGCUCUUGUUCAACUGACCUCUUAAUUCUAGUAAGCGUACAUGGUCAGUAAACAGUUUGUUAUAACCUUUAUCUACCUCUGCUGUGCAAAGGCCAUCCAACAUCCAUUUCUGUGAUGUUCCUCAUAGUUUUUUUGUUCACACCAUUACUCACUGUCAUCUAUUUUUGCACUGUACCAAUACAGUAGCAAGUCUGGUUCAUCCCAGUUGAAUUGGCACAUGAAGAAGAGUUAUUAUUUCUGGUUUGCCUCAUGGUGAAUUAAUGUAGAGAGCUAUCUUUAAGGCAUUUUCUUUCUUCUUUCCUGCUCUUCUUCAUCCUUCAUCCCUUAUUUUUCUAUAGAAAUGUUUUCAAGUGGUGUCAGUGAAAUAUAUGACUCCUCCACUGCUUGGCUACACUCAGUCACAUGUCAUACAAUAUCAGAGAGACAUGAGGAAAAACAGUGACAACACCAUCACAUGCAUAAAGUGGCCAAAUUAAACUUGGGUAAAAUGAAGCAGAAAACAAUUACAGACUUUCAGUUAUUACACAAGUACAAGAUGUAAUAAAUUCCUCCCCCUCUCCCCAGCUGGAGUCAGUGCCUGAAGUUCAAUGGUCUGUGAAUUUUCUCUGUCAUCUUUUUGAGGUCUAUUUCUUUAAUUUUUGAAACAAAGAGUCAUGUUGCAGAGGUGGCUACUGCUGGGGUAUCUGUUGCCAUUUUCACUCCAGCAGUGUGGUAUGCAGCUUCUCUUGGUGGCACCUAGGACAUCAGGAGUAGACAAAGACUCUCCUACGAAGUUAAGCAACACGUGAUCAUGUAUGAUGCAAAAUUCCAUUCCAUCCAUUCCUCAUUCGUAAUAGUUUUCCUGGCACAAACUUAAGCAUGCUUGAUAUUGUGCACAUAUUACUUUUUUGCCAGAAUAAAUUUGCAUCUUGCCACUGCUAUAACUGCCAUCUUGUUCCAUUUCUCCUUGUACUGUAUGCCUAAUACAUACAUGAUAAAGAGCUGGCUUAACAAAGAAGUAAUACUAAAAUAUUUCUGCAAAUGACUGAUGAGAAGAAAAAGAAAAAAUAGAACAAUAUUUAUUUUAUGAUCAUAUGGAAGAGAGAACUUUCCCAUGUCUUUUAUCGUCUUAUUUUCUGCAAUAGGGAAAAUCCAGAUUUUGUGUAAUAUGUUAAUACUGCUAAGCCAAAUGUCAUAUAACAUAACCAGAGCUAUAUGUUAUUCCUUAUUGCAUCUGCAUUCGGUAAUACAUUAUAUUGACGCUUUUCUUUCAUUAAAGAGACAGUAUCUUUUUUUUGAAAAUAUAGCAGGUGAAGGCUGUCCUUCUGCACGUCAUAAUUUAAAGACAAAAACCAACUAAACAUUAGAAUGAAUUUUUAGUUUUAUAAAUGAUGAAACAAAGCCAUCAGCUGCCAAAGAAUCUGUAGAACAAUAGAUACAAACCAAACUGACUUCCAAGAAAUUCCUUCUUGUGGGUCAAAAAUAAUGUUAUUCUAAGCGAUUAAAGGAGAAAGAAUGAGAGCUAUAUUACAAACAGCAGAGAUGGCAGAUUUCAUCUGGUAUGGAAUGUGGCGCUCAGCUUAUAUAAUUAUACUCUUCUAUUAAAAAGUGAGGGACAAAGACAUUGUCUUCUGCGCUCUCCAUAUUUGUUCUGAUAAUGAAUGUCCUUUUUGUAAGCGUUGCCUCUGCACAGAAGACACCUGCUUAUCGUGAGAGCUGAAGACAGCUUAUGUACAUGCACACAAAUUUACACAGUGAAACCUGUCUUAAGCGACUGUCCAAAGCACAAGCAAAACUCAUUUGCAGAGUAGAGGUAGCUUUAAGGAAAGUAAAACAAAUUUGUCAUAGGAAAUUUCAAGACACAUGUAAACAGCCACCUAAACAAGGGGUCUGUGAAGGUGCCUGGUCCUUACUGCAGCUUUCACUGUAUAUCUCAUCAGUGCCACAGCCCCGUGAUAAGCCCUGCGCAGGCAGGCUUCGAGCUGGGCUCAGAGUCAUGCUGACUACAGGUACAGGCACGCACCCACAAAAAAAUCACUGUAGUACAUAGAUCUCGAUUUGUUGUCCCAUCGUCUUUACUCAGGAGUUGCUCGUGGACAUAGUGCAUCAACAAAGGAUCACUGGGGUCAGCCCUAGCCAACUCAGUCUUAACAAGAGACUAGCAAUGGCAUAUUAAUGGUGAAUGGUUCUGGUUUAUUAUUAUUGUCAACUAUUACAUUAGUUUGGUGAAGGAGUGGUUUCAAAAUUUAGCUAGGAACACAGAGAACAAACUGCCAGAAGCCUCAUCAUUGCAGAGAAGAAAUUAAAUAGCCUUUCUGAGGUAAAAAGAGGCUGUCAUCUGUCAGCAGCUGUCAGGAAACAGCAGUAUUUUAGAAAAGCUUGGGAAAAUAACGUGUUCACUUCUGAGUAUGAUAGUUCUCAUUAAAACUAGAUUUUUGGAUGGCAAAUAGGACUGGAGCACAUACCAUCUAAAUUGAGGGAUUUAAUUUGCCAACAUGUUCUGCAACAACUCUGAGCAAUCAUGUUUACUGAAAACCUCUAAGUUUUCUGGUAUUUUCCAACAAUUGUUUCAAACAUUAAUAAGCUUUAUCUGUCCCUGGAGGGGGAAAUAGCGAGAGAGAACUACCGUAAGUGAUGAAACUAAGAAAAAAAGAAAACCAAAACCAAAAAUAGACCUAGGCCAACUUGGAAAAUCCAUCUAAGAAACAAGCUAUACUUCUUCAAAAUACAACAGAGAUGGAAAGAAAAAAAAAUGCAUAUGUAGGUGUACAUCUAUAUAAAAAUAGUUCUAUUUUAAAAGAGACAAAAAUAUAUGUUCUCCACAACUAUUACAAAUACAGCAUACUGUAGAGUAAAAAUGCCAAAGGAUAAGACCUAUAAAGUAAGUAGGGCAAAACUACUGUAUCUAUUUUCCUUUCUAUGGGGUGUGAAUUUCCAGGUAGAAUUUCAGCAGCAAAAAUAUAUUUUGUAAUAAGAAAAGUAAAAAAUUGGGGGGGAGGGGGCAUAUUCGGUUUAGUCAUUUUACUACCCUGUCUCCUAUAAGCUUAGAUAUUAUUCUUAACUUUUCAUUCAAAUCCUUCAUUUUUGCAGAAAGUUCCCAGCACAGACCUCAUCCCAGCAGUUCCAGUGGGGGUCAGUAGCACAGGAGGUCUGUCAUGGGUCCUACAGGAGAGCCACCGUUCAAAGUGCUGACUACGCUUCAGCACUUCAGUCCAAUCUCUAGACUUCCUCAUUCUCCUAAUGCUACGUCUGUCUCUUGGACAUACACGAAGUGACACAGUUUCCUCGUCAGAGGGGACUGUGCUUGCCCUGCGCAUACCUUCAGUCUCAGUCAGGCCGGAUUACAGAGGUCAGAGGAGCCUCUACUGGGGCUUAAAUGUAAUAUAUGCACUGAACUCCCCAGACAACAGAAAUAGGAUUAAAAUGACAGGCAUGCUUUGUAACCAGCCCUCUGAAUAAGGCUGAAGUUUUUACCAGCUGUGUAUCUCUUCAAAUCCUUUUGCUACUCUCACACCGAGGACUAUCUCAGCAUAAGGGAUAAGAGGUUUGGCAAUGAAUCGCUAUCACAUCUCUCUACAGCAGUUCAGACAUUACCCCUCCUGGUAUGAUUUUGCCAGGGUUUAUUGUCCCAGAGUAAGAUCAGCAAAAGAGAAGACGUGAUGUCCCACUCCAGUGCAAAAUGAGGGGCAUCUGGUGAAGACUAAAUUGCCAAGUGGGACGACUGUAAUACAGGCACACAUACCUUUCCAUCAAGUCUUUAGCAGUGGGAGGUAUUAAAGAAAGAAGAGGAAUACUUUCUGUUAGAGGUAUAAAGCAGACAGCAGAAGGAGAUAAUGCCUUCAUACACUGCUGUAAGAUUUAUUUGAAUGUAUCUUUAGUCAGGACAACCCUGCGUAUUGCGGCACCAAACCUUUAUGUAUCUUAUACGCAGUAAAUAUACACCUCUGAAUUAAGGUGGAUGAAGUGUAAUACACAACAGGAGCUGUUGAUAUAAAAAGAGAAUCUAUUAAGGAAGGUGCCACCCAAGCCAGUGGUCUACACUGAACAGGAUAGUCUUAUUUCAGCCCUGCCCUCUCAGAAUCCUUCUUUGUGCACCCAGGAAUUAACUCCACCAGGGAUUCACAUUUCUGAAGUUUUUUACACGACAAGAUUCUACAUGAAAUACGGAUGGAGGAUGAAGUGAUAACUCUACAUCAGCUAGAAUGCAGUUAUUGAGUUUGACGUGAAUGCACAUCAGUCCUCUCUCUGAUCAGCAGGCUUCUCUUUACUGAACAAGAAAGAAAAAGACGCAUUUUUAUCUGUAUCUUUUCUGGUGUUCCUCCAGUGGACACAAAUUAAUGAACUAUUAAUUGGCCUAGUAAAAAUAUGCGAGGUCUGGUUAUUGCACACAUGUGGAAGAGAGAUGUUCUCCUCCUCCUCUGAGGAAUGUUGGCAGAUUAUAUAUUAAGCAGUAAAUAACUUGGAAGCACUAGCUAAUUUUGACAGCAUUUAUUAUAAUUUGCACAGCAAAUACAGGAUUUCAACCAAGUGUGCUCAGUUCGAGUUAUUUCAUUUGAUGUGAAGGGCACCUAGCACUUUACGGGACCAGGUUCCUAUAGGGUAGCGGCACUUAACUAUCGUCUGCUACUAAUCAGCUUUCUAGGAAAACUCUGAAAAGAAAUCAGAGCAGCUACAUCUGUUGGAAGAUAUCAGGCCUGUGAACAAUGGGAAAAAUAGUCACUAGUUUUUGUGGAGUUUGGAGAAGACUAGUAACAAAAAAAGACAGAAGAAAAAAAAAUUGUCUUUUCUUUCUCCCAUUCCUUCCAUCCCUCCACCUUUCCCUUUCUCUGACAGAGUCACCAGUCUGACAUAGAACAUAGUUUUGCCUUAGCAGCCCUCUGAAUAAUUAAAUGCAUUUGAUAAGAUGUAAAGCUUUCCUACCUUAUAUUUGCUACACAUACGAGGAGAAAAAAAAAAGAAAAAAAAACCAAAAAGAUUUAUUUUUUCAUUCACAGAGAGAUGUUCUCCCAUCAGUUUCCUAUCCAUCAUUAGUCCAUAGGUCCACUGAAUUCGAUGGGAGUCAUGCAUUUCAUUUAGAUGGAACUAGGAUUAAUGCCAUGGAUCAAAACCUGCCAGUUUCAGUGCAAGUCCUUCCACUGACUUCAAGGAGGAUUUCGAAAGCCCAAGGUCCCUUUGAGCACAUAUAAACUCACAUGGAUAAGAUAAAUACGCAUGUGAACCGCUGAAAGGUUAAAAUGUUCCAAAGGUUUGUCCAAGUGGUUGGUCAAAUAAUUAGCUGCAGCUCUAUGCAAAAGUCAUGUUGAGCCAAAGCUUUGAGCUUUGAUUUGAUAGACCUUUCUUUUUCUGAAACCUAACAAGCUUCAUUCAGGGUUUGAAUAUGCAAAAAUUUACACAGAAUUAUAAAUACAAGAGGAAAUGUUUUAAAAAACCUGAUUUUCACUCCUACAAGUGAAAAAUACAUUAAAGAAUUAUGACAAUUGCAUUUUUUAUUAUUAACCCUUAAUGACAAUUUAUUUAUGUAGUUCUUCAGAAGCUGCUUGGUUUCAUUUGUUUGUUUUCCUUUGUUUGUUCAAAACAGAUUUUUGGCCUUUUAAAGAUUCAUAUUGAACUAUGCAGCUACAAAUUACAUGCUUGUGUUAACGGAUUUGCAAUUAAAAUUAUUCUACUCCUCUGUUAUUCCCAAAUUGUAUGAACAGAAAGCUCAUGUUAAAAGCAAAUUUAAUUAACUGUGUUUAAUCUUGUUUCCCUUUUCUUUUCCUUCUUUUUUUGUUAAUUUUUUCUUCAGAGUUAAGGACUGGAUUUUAUUUGAAAUGGGCUAAACUGGCAUCAGUGUUUUUUAACUAUAUGGAAUGUCCUAUGAUUCUUAGCAUUGAAAAGAGGGCUAUGUGGUCCUGUCAGGAAAAAAAAAAUAACAAAAAAAAAAACCUGUAAAUUGUAAUAAUAUAUUAAAUAUUGUAUUAUUAUAGCAACUUU